UCUACCGUUAACCUUAUACUCAAUCCAAGAAGAACAAUGUUGUUGUCAUGGCGGCGUUUUAAACUGAAGCUUUGUCUACAUUAACGUUUAAUUGUGUUAUCUAGCUAAAUAAUUAUUACUCGUAGUGAUCAAUCAAUCGGGAGAAUAGGGCGAUCGUAUAAUAUUUUACAAUUGUCGCUUUAGUUUGCUGACUAGUUUUCACUUUGCUUGUUAGCUAGCUAGUUAGUCGUGUUUUUGACAACUGAAGGUUGUAGGUUGGAGCCAGAUUUGUGACUUCCGUGUCGAUGAGCACAGAUUAUCAGAGAGGAUCCCCAGUGAGAGCAGCUGGGGACAUACAUAAAUACAUGGAGAAUGGAGCAUGGGUUAAAAAGGACAGUUUAGACCGGAUCCCUGGACCGCAAACGCAGCUUUUGUUUAAUCUUUCCUUGCCGACCAAUGUCCUGAACCGAGCAACUCAAGUAGGUUCUCCAGGUCCUAUUGUGAUUGAGAAGCUUAUAGCUCAUCGGGAGCAACAGAAUGCUAGUGAGAGCUGUAGCAGCUCCUUACGCCUUUCCGUUCUCUCUGAGGAUCAACUACAGGCUGCAGUGAGACUAGCCAAAAAAGACUUGCGCAGAAAACGACAGGAAUCCAUAAAUAGUCUGUCACAAAAGACAAGUGCGAGGCCUCCAAGUCCAGAUAAGAAUAAAACUGACAAUCAGCAGAAUGGGCUUUGCAUUAAAACUAGGCAGAGGACAACAGAAGGAUGUCCAAAGACGCAGACAAAGUCAUUCAAACAGGUGCUUGUAUAUACUCCUCAGAAGCUCUUUCAACCGUUUAAGGCUGAACAAGAGCAGUCUCCUUCAAGCAGAGACCCUGGAAUAAAAGUCAUCAGCAAUGAGCCACAGCUUAGCAAAGAGAUCCGCAAACUACAGAAGGAGCUGGAGACUUACGUCCAAAGAAUAGAGCAGCUUGUGAAUAAGGGAAGAAUAGUGGAGAGUGUGGAGCCAGACGAGAAGCGCAGGAUCGAGAUCCGCCAGCAGGAGCAGGCUGCUCGCUCUGCACGGAUUAUCUACGUCUUGCAGCAGCAGGUGAAAGAAAUUCAGGAGGAUUUAGACAAGCUGCGUUCUCAGAGUGUAAGGCCUACCAAUAAGUGCAGGGCAGUGAACAGGUUGGCAGCGGCUCAUCGCGGGGCAGUCCGAGCCAUGAAGGCGUUCAUUCAUCAGCUGUCAGACCCUGCUGAGAGUAGAGUACCUGCCCAGUGUAAAGAGCUGGGUCAGCUCAUACGCCAGCUUUCGCUCUGCUCUGCCAAGGUGGAUGCGAGCCAGGGCUCAGCUGUACCAGAGACCACACUGGACAUCCUACAGAAGUUAGAAACGCUGGACUUGGUGCUCAGUAAGCAGGAUAGUCAGCAGGAGCCAUAUAUGCAGAGUAUCUCUCCUGUAAGAGAAAGGACUUCCAGGGUCAGUGGACGCAGUACGUCCAUUCCUCGUUUUCCCCAGGCCCAGACUGCCAAAGACGCCCGACAACCAAAGAAGUCAUCAGCUCCAAAAAAGAACAGAAGAGCGGCGGGCCGGGGAUUGAAAGCAGGACAAAUCUUCGACCAAGAGCGAAAGGAGGUUCUGAAGGCUGGGAUCCAGAACCUGGUGCACAUGUGGGAACUGAGAGAGGGGGAGAGUCGGAGAGGGCCAGAAAUGGACAUCCCUAAAUCAUCUAGUGGUGCUGCCCAUCCAGACAAGCGCAAGCCAAGUGUUCAUGUUCGUGAUGCUGCUUUCCAGCAGCCCACUGUUUCAUCCAAGCUCAGAGAAAGUCAGUUACCACAGAGAGAGGCAUCAGUGCCCUGGAUCCCUACAUCUCCUCAUUCUCCUGUGAAGCAACGUAGAGCUGUGUCCAGCAGACCGGAGCCGAGGUGUCUCUUCUCCCCAGUAAAGAACUCCUCACAGCCCACAGGUGCACAAGCCAAAAGCCAAAGCCAGGGAAAGACCAGCACUGAAAACAUCAGAGACGUGCAAAAUGGGGCCCUCAGGCAAGCCUGCCUGGAUACAGUAGCAGAAAACAGACAGAGAGAACUGAACCAAUUUAGUCAAGAGGAAAUGGGGGAUAUUCACAGACUCAGGGCUGAAGCGGGCUCUCCAACACAGUGGAAUGAGGGAGCAGAGCAAGCAACUAGAGAAAGACUCCAACUUCUGCUGGAUUGUGUGCAGGCUGCAGUGAGUACAGAUGUGGAGGCCACAGCUGGUGCUGUGCAGAGGGAGGACAAGGAGCAUGACGCACUACUGCAGGACCCCAUGCUGGACAAUAUGCUACUGCGCAUGGAGGAGAUAGAAAAAGACGAGGAGGAAGUGCGGCGGCGUUUUGCUAUGAUUUCUUACUCUGACCCUCUUCUCUGGGACAUGGACACAGGAGCCCAGAGAAAGCAUAAUAGCUCCAGGCCUGCAUCUCCACAACCUAUAAGACUAACCAAACCAGCUCAGAGACUCACCACUACAGGAGACAUUGUCCUACAGAGGCCAGUGGAGACUGGUGGAGGGUCAGAAAACUCCCUGAUGGAUGAGGAACCACCUGAUGCUGUUCCCAGCUGUCCAUCCACAGACCGAGCACAAAAGAAAGGAGGGGUUCGGCUGAACGUCCCAUGCUGCAUUCAGAAGAACAUCCAGAGAUACAGGGAGGAGCACGAUUCCUACCUGCACCUGGUUUCCCAUGCAGCAGUGGGCAGUUUUAACCCCUGGGCUGUAGCUGAAAGUUUGGCUGAGGAGCUGAUCAUGGAGGCCUUGGCUGAGGUGGCAAGAGAGUUCCAGGAUGUUUGCGAAGAGUAUGCAGAGGCCAUCUUCACCUCAGAGUUUCUCCAGCCAAUUCAGUCGCCUUCUCCAUCUGUGUCAUAGCAGCAUGACUAGUAGAACCAAUAGAACUUUUCAUCAUGGGUGCUUUUUUCCCCCCUUAGUGCUUUAGGUAGUUGAUCUCAGGAAAACACACCGAGUUUAGCAUGGAGGUUAUGGAUGUGAAUGGCCUCCCAGUGGCCUGUCCCCUUCUUAUAUUUUUUUAUUGUAUCAUAAAAUUAUCAUACAUUUCCUCUUCCAUAUAUAACUCAGACUAGACCGGUACAUUUUUCAUACAAAUAAAAGUGGCCAGUCUCAAGGA